UCCGUCCCGAAAUUCAUGUCGCGGCGGCAUUUUUGCAAUUUAGCCCUUGUGGUUUUCCCGACCAAACCCGCGGUCCUCUGUCUCCUUCCUCACUCUUCUCCGACGCCGGCCGAUUUGGUCGCGCCUCCCUUGCCCUCGCCCCCGCGGCCUUGCUCCCCCUCCCGCUGCCGCACGCCCCCCCCGCCAUCGCCCCACGCGGUGGUCUCCGUCCUCUCCGCCCCCGCCGCCUCGUUCCUCUCUCUGCUCGCCGGCCGUGAAGGUUCGAUUUUUUGGAGACCACUGUCCGGAGUCCUCGCUCUCCUUCCGCCUCUGUCCAUCGUCAACCACCUCCUCACCUUCGACCACGAAGCUCGCCCCCUCCAUGACGCCGUCGACCAAGGUGGAGGAGCUCAGGUGCCCCUUUUCCGCUCCUCGGACGGCUACGCGCUCAAGGUGGAGGAGCUCACCGUCGAGCUCGCCGGUGUGGUGCUGACUGGCGACUCUGUGGUGGGCAAGUCCAAUCUCCUCUCCCGCUUCACCAGCAAGGAGUUCUGCCUCGACUCCAAGUCCACCAUCGGCGUCAAGUUCGCCGCCCGCACGCUCCACAUCCAAAUUAUUGCUGCCAAACAUGACGAGCUAGCUAGUAAAUCGAUUGCUAACAAGUCAACUCUGAGUGAAAAGGAACAUGAGCUCUGGCGGCAACACAAAGAAUUCAGUUAAUACUAUUUUUGCAGAAUUGUUGUUGUCAGUUAACUGAAACUACAGCACAUUCCAAUCAAUUGGCUGAAGUAAAGAACUGAAGAGAUGUUAGUUUUUUUCCCACAUUUUGGAAAGAACCAUGCACAAAGGAAACAAACACUUCAUCUGAUGGAGUACCUUCUUCAGCUAGCAGUCCAAGAUCAGCUAGCAGUACUCUGAUGGAGUACCUUCUUCAGAGGGCAAAUAGCACCAGCAGCAGCAGUCACGGCGGCAGUCAACAGCAACAACAGAGGAGCAGUAGCAUCAACACGGGGAGAGCAGCAGCAGCAGCACGGGCUAGCUCCACCGGCGGCAGGGGAGAAACAGAGGAGAAACAAGAUGCAGCAGCACGGGCUAGCACCAUCGGCGGGCACGCAGGCAGAGAAGGAGCACCACGGCGGCGCGUGGGAGCUCGACGAGGAAUCGCGGGAGACCACGGAGGACGCGCGCGAGCUGCUGUCCACCGGAUCGUGGAGGCCGGCUCCGGCGAUGCCCGUAGUUGGAUCGCGGUGGCGCACGGGAGGCAGCUCAAGGUGGACUCGCGGGAGCACGAGGAGGACUCGCAGGAGCUCGAGGACGAUGAGAGGGAGCUCCUGCUCCACCGGAUCGUGGUGGCAAAUUCCGGCGACGCCCGCAGGUAAUCGCCGCGGGAGGGGAUCGCAGCGGCGCAGCCGUGCAGGUCUGGGCGGCGGUGGCGGAGCAGUACUUGGCGACGGCGGCCGCGUUGAAGGUACGUGGCGACGGAGGCGGAACACUUCCUGGUGGGCGGCAAUCGCGCAGCUUGGCGGCGCCGGCCCCUGGAGACGCACGGGCGACAGCGGAGGAAGAAGACGAGGUGGAGGGACUUGUUUGUGAUUAUUUUGAAACUACGAGGGCUUUUUUAUAAAAUUGGCAAUGAACUACGCCUGCAACAUGAAUUUCGGGACGGAGGGAGUAUAAAAGUGUAUAAAUAAGCCCAUUAAACAUCCAAAACAGAAUAUAUAAUAGCAUGGAACAAUAAAAAAUUAUAGAUAUGUUGGAGACGUAUCAUCCACUAUGGUGUCUACAAUGUCAAUGAUAAAAACGGAAUUUUUCAUGU